CAUGGUUAAUGUAUAUUCUACUGAUCAAAACGAAAGGAUGGAGCGUUUGGAUCGGAUAAGUAGCUUAGUUGGCAACUAUUUGUUAAGAGGCUACAAGAUGUUAGCUGAUGAAUGUGAGACCUGCCAUACGGUUUUAUUAGAGAACAGAAGAAAGGAAACAUACUGUGUUGGCUGCCAAGAGGUUGACCUAGUACCGGACAAUGAACAGCCAGUUGUACAGGCCCCAGCCACCACCACAGUUAUCACUGAUGUACCGGUGGGUACGACCAGAGAAGAUCUAUAUGCCAUGUUAUCUCAACAAGCAGCAGAGAGGGAACAAAGAGAACUGAGACGGACACCCUCACCUCCUCCCAGACUUGUUGCUGCUGCUCAAAGUUCUGUUACUCGUUCAGGAACAAGAACAGAAGCAGUGCCCACUCAGGACAGCGAUGCAGUUGACUUACGAAUAAUGCAGAGUAUACGGACACUCUGCACUGCUAUAGACAGCGCGGACCACAGUGGUUUAGCUAACAGCGCCCAUUUGAAGGACUACUCAGAGGCCAUAUUAAACCUUAAGAAUGCUCUGAAGUAAUUGAGUUAUCGAAAUUGCUGAAAUGAUAGGAAAUGAUUUUAUUUGAUAAUUUAUAUCUGUAAAAAAUGAUAUUAUUUUAUAACUUAUAUAUUUUUGACAGAUGGUAAAUCGUAUAACUUAUGUUGA